AUUUUGAUGUUAUGGUUUUCAUGAAGGAUAAAUUAGGAGUUAACAGUUUCAAAUAUAUUUAGUCGUCACAUUUUACUUUUUCCUAUUAGCAACUAUUUAUUAGGUGUAGUUGACUGAUACAUGUUUGUAGCUUCAACAAAGUAGUUGAAUUUAGAGAAUAUUACAUCCAAAGUCAGUUUUAAGUUUUUAUUAACAUAAAAAGACAGUUGUUGCUACUAGGGUAGUUUUGUUUAACCAAACUCAUCUUCUUGUUACAAACUAACUAAAUUAGUCUAGAUUUGAGUGUCCAUUGCUUUAACUAAAUAUAAUAUAUGUUUUUACUUUAUUUAACAUAAACUAGAUCCCACAUAUCUUUGAUCUUCGCCUUCUUCCAUCUUAAGUUUUCAACCAUUUUUUGUAAAAUAAAAUCUGUUUCUUCAAAUUAUUUUUUUCAAAAAAAAAUUAGUCAAUUAUUAUUUCUAUUAUUAUAUCUAUCUUUUGAGAUAUGUCAAGUUAUAUUUCUGAUGGUAGCACUCAGCCGUGGCGAUUUGGAACAAAAUGUUCAACAAAUCAGAAAAAAAAAGCAGUUAUGUUUGAACUUUUGAAUGUAAAACCAUAAAUUAGAAUUGAAAUCUAUUAGAUCUGGACAAAAUACAUUAAAACAAGUGAAGAAUGUAAAAAAAUGUGAAAAUUGGUGAGAGAGGCGGAAAUUAGGGUUUAUGGUCGACAGUGACCAAGAAAGAAGACGAGGGCAUUUUCGUAAAUUUCCAUUAUUAAUGAAAAAAUUAAAAUAAAAAUUUCGUGUGUACAUUACUUUUAAAUUGUACAUGUGUACACCUAAUUUUGUAUUAUACAUCCAAGUGAUUGGGUACACAUUUUGACUUUUUGUAGGUUUUCUAUCAAAAUAACUAAGCAUCUGCGACUUCAUAAACUCACGAUAAUAUUAACACAAUGUACAUGUGAUUUUUAUUCCUUCUUCCCAUGUACAUGCAUUGGAUUACAACGUUUUAAAUGGUAUGUAAGGAAGAAAAGUUGAAUGCUCUUUUGUACAUGUCGAUAUGUAAAGCGAUGUACACAUAUAUAGCAUUAAAACAUUGUUCAUUUGGAAAUUUGAACAAAAUGAGAAUACAUGCUUCUACGAUACAUUGCCUUAGUAAUAUACAACAUACACAUGUAAACAUUGUACACAUAUAGGUUAUUUUUGUGUACAUUGUUUGACGAGUACACGUGUACUUCUAAAAUGAUCCAAUAUAUUUGAAGAGGUUGUACACAUAUAGGUGGAUUGGUGGUUGCUUACUAAAACAAUACCAAAAUACAUAAUAAAUAGCUCAAGUCAAACUAAAAAUGGUGUACAUGACAAUAGCACACAUGAUUUUGUGUUUUAUUCAUAUCUAAUGUACACAUGUAUGCAAGUUGUCUUUGUAAUAUACAAUAUACACAUUGCCUUAGUAAUAUACAGUGUACACAUUUUGUCUUUGUACACAUGUUAUCAUGUACACAUGUACAUAUAUUACAUGUUGUAUAUUUAUUGAGUGGCAUUUUCGUAAAUAUAUCUUCGUAUUCCCCAGAUUUUUUAGGGUUUCCUGCAACAAACAUUGCGGCCGCCAUUAAUUUCUUUCAUGUAUUUUUUAUUUUUUUUCAUUAAUGUGUAGAUUAUACUUCAAGAUUGUUUAUGUAUCACUUCUAAAAUGGUUUCUAACUCUAGAUUUUGAAUUUUUUUUGUGAGAUUUGGCCAUUGCUACUCAAGUUUCAUCGUGCAACUGUUGGAGUGUAAUGGAGAUUAAAAAAAAUAAACAAAAUCUGGUUUGAUCUAACUAGAAAGCCCAACUAGUUGUGAGAAAAGAAACCAGACACAAAAAGGAAACGAAACAAGUCACAUCUCACAAAUUCCAAAUUAGCAGAAACUGUCCCAGUAGCUGAAACUGACUUAUUUUGUAAUAAAAUCUUGGAAACUGCCCUGCAGUGUAAAAUACUCUUGAAUUUAAGUGAUGAAUGUAUGGUUUGAUGAUACGAAUGACGUACCAUGUGCCGAUAAAUGGUUUGUUAUCUGCCAGAAAAUGUUGUCAUUAUCUGAUACAUACUAAGUUAGCUAUUAUGAAACAUGUGUUCCUCUAACUAUUCAGAUGUAAUGAAACAUUUGUUGUUAGUUGAAAUAUGGUUAGUUAGCUACUAUGAAAUUGAUUGUCGUUAACUCUUAAAUGUUUGGUUAUACGUGUCUUUAAGAAGUUAAUGUUUAUGAAUGGUCUUACAACAAGUAAUUUGACCGGAGUGGGGAUUAAAGAAAAUAAACAAAAGAAUAAGAAGCCAAAGAAAGAAAGAGACAACGAUGCUGACCCAAAAUGUUGAAGUAUUUGAUGUACUCGAAACUAACCAAUUGGACAACCUUGUGCGCUGUUCUAGAAUCUAUAUACUCUUGAAUGUAGAUGGCAACGUUUUUCUUUAUGAACUUUAAAUUAUUUAUUAACAUGUAUGAUUGAAUAUUAGCAGUUAACUAAUGUAUAUCAGUUUAGGCCAACUCGCAACAACUCUGUAUACAACCUUGUAAAAACAUGUAGUUAAAACAGUAAUAUACAUUGAUACAACUAUUGGCCAUUUUUGUUAGUGUUUUUCAUUUAGUAAUAAACAUUAUAUCAACUAAUGAAACAAGUAUCAUCAGAUAAGAAAUGAUGUAUCGUUUAACAAAUCAUUUAUCAAAUAAUAUAGCAGCUAAUAAACUAUAUGUCAAACUAUUUAUCGGCUAACAAUAAUUUUUUUUUUUUGGAAAAUGACAAAUAUAAAUGUUUUACAGAAUUAUGUUUAUCAUCUCUAUCUAUCUUUGUUGACAAAAAAAAAAUCUCUAUCUAUCUUUAGAUAAACUGUACAUGUAUUAUAUACUAAUUUUGAGUAAAAUGGCUUCUAUGGUUCAAUAGGCAAAUGCUCCCUAAUUUCCAUCAGCAAACCCACUAAAAAAAAUAUGUAUGGUGGAGAAUUGUCUAGUGUCAGACUAUGGUUCAAUAAGAACCUAUAUGAUCACAGAAAAAUAUGAAGCCACCUACGUCAUUGUACUCUCUCUCUCUCUCUGCCUAAGCUUUCAACUCACAAAAGACAAAAUGGUCAAACCCUGCUCUACUUUGGGACAAGGUUAAGAUAGGAAAGAUUAUGAGAACUUGUGUCAUUUUGCACAAUAUGAUAGUAGAGAACGAACGAAGCGGAUACGCUCAAAUUGAUACAUCUGAGUUUGAGUCAGGGGAGUCGAGCAGGAGUUCCCAGGUGCAAAGGACAACAAGUAUGAAUAUCGGUAAUAUGCGUGGCAUUCGCAAUGAAGUUCGGGAUUCACAGAUACAUGAUCGUUUGAAAGCUGAUUUAGUUGAAAAUGUAUGGCAAAAGUUUGGUAAUGUCGAUGAAUAAUAUUUGUAUGUUCUUGAAUUUUCAAUGUUUUCAAUAAAAUGUUUUCAAAAAAAAAAAUGUGUGUUAUGAAUUAUCAUUGUAUUGAAUAAAAUUGUUUUUAGAACUUUUUAUAAAUAUAUCUUAUUAAUGAAUUCUCAAUAUGCAAACUUAAAAAAAAAUAUUAUUUAAUUUAUAAGAACCUCUUCUUCGGGUUCACUAAUGCGGAUGCAAAAUAUAUAGAGGUUUAUAGAGGUUCAUCACUAUUCCGGGUCCCACCAUUAAAUUAUUAAAAAAAUCUUAUGAACCCCAUAUGGGGGUUCACUAAUGCAGAUGGCCUAAAAGAGUUCAAAAGAGGGAUUGUCUAAACUUUUUUGUUACUAUUCAUAACUUUUAUUAUUAUUUAGCACUUACAAUUCUCUUUCAUUUUAGCGUUGGAGAAACUCUUAUCUAUAUUAUUAAAAGAAUAAUACAAAAUAAAAAGUCUCCAUAACUUAUUUACAAAAGAAUACCAUUAAAAUAUUUAUUGAACUUAUAUAUAAAUAUGUUUUGUUAAUUUUACAGUUUAAUUAAUGCCACUUAAAUAAUUAAUAACCUACCUUUUAGGAUUAUUUGUCUUUUUCUAUUUAAUUAAUGUAUUUUCCUAAAUCUAAUUUUAACAAAAAUAAUCAUGACAACAAUUACUUAAGAAAAUCAAUGUGUCAUUGCUAUCAUACGAAUAUUACGUAUUCCUCAAUUUUAAAUAUUCAGUAUACUAUCAUUGAUGUACAUAACUCUAACAUAGAGCUUCUUUUGAUAUAACCACACCAAUUUAUCCCCUUAAGGCAUGCCCAUCAAGGGUUUUAAAGCGGUUUAUGGGCUCGGUUUCAUAGGGUCAUUUACCAUUUUUAUUUAAAUAAAUGGAGUAAAAUUGGUGAACCGGUUCGCCAGAGUGAACCCGUAUGAUACGGGUUCAAGUGACGUGGCAAGAGAUGAUUGGAAGCGCGUUUUUGUGUUGACGAAGUCGAGACACGGGGUCUGUGCAAACCAAAUUCAUUUGUUCUCUUUCCUAGGGUUUGUUUCUCUCAAAGGCGAUUGCGCGAGCGACGGUGACGCCAUUCCAUUUCUCCAUUUCCUCGACGUAUUUCUCCAUCUAAUCAACCAUUUCCUCCACGAGCUAAGGUGAGCAUCCAUUAGGGUUCGUUUCAUCGGGGGAUUUUGGGAUCGAAACCGAAUUAGGGUUCGUUUCACUGGGGUUUGAAAAUCGAUUUGGGGGUUUCUAGCUAGAGUUGUAAAUCGAGUAGUGGGGUUUCGAAUUUCGUUUGUAAAGCGUGAUGAGGGUUUGAUUAAGGGUUCGUUUGAUUGGGGGUUUGAGAUCGAAAGCUAAUUAGGGAUCGUUUCACUGGGGUUUGAAAAUCGAUUUGGGGGUUUCUAGCUAGAGAUGUAAAUUGAGUAGUGAGGUUUCGAUUUAUGUUUGUAAAGUGUGAUGAGGGUUUGAUUUAGGGUUCGUUUCAGCUUUUUGUUUCGUCAACAAUGUUCUAACCUAUUUGUUUAUCUGUUUUAGAUGGAUCCCGCAGCUGAGAGAAGAGACAGAAAGAGCCAAAAGGACUACAUCAACAUGCUAGGAUACGUUGCCGAUUCGGAAUAUGGGAUUCCGACAAGGUGUCCGUGUGGUGGGAGAAUAAUAGACGAGGUCCGGAAGAAGGAGGAGUACGACACUCUUCCUGGCAAGCGGUUCUUCACUUGCACAAACUACGAGGUAAAGUUUGUCUUCAAUUGGCUAAUUUGUAAUAAUUAAUCUGCAAAAACCGAUUCUAACUUGUGUUUUUUUGGUGUUCACAAGGCUGAUGUGUUCCAUUAUCGUCAGGCAUGGGUGGUUGGGGUCCAGGAGGAGAUCCAACGGCUGUCUAAGCGGGUGGAGGAAGCUGAGCAGGUGAUCAACGGGGUGCCUGAGCUCAAUUAUCAGAUUGACAGACUGGAGGUUAGUGAACUAUACUUUUCCCUUUUAAGUAUUUUCUCCGCAAUUAUUUUAUUUCUCACGCUAUAGUUUCUGUUAACAUGCGCAGUCACAGGUUAAAAUCCUGACGGUUCAUGUUGAUAACCUCCAUGUUCAGGUCACUGACAUGGAGAAGUUGGAAUGUCUGAGUAAGCGGUUACAGGAGGCUGAGGAGAUGGUAAAGGUGGUGCCGGAUCUCAAUAAAAAGAUUGCUUCACUGGAGGGACAGGUUGAAUUCCUCACUGGCCAGGUUGAUAACCUCACAUCCGAUGUGGAAACCCUGGAGAAGCUGUGUUUCCAUUGAAACCCAAAGGUACACUAAUGCUCACUUCAUGUUUUUGAAAGUCAAUACUAUACUUAAGUGAACUAGAACUAGUUUGGUAAAGUACUGUGAACUAGAACUAGAACUAGAACAUAAUUGGCUCGGUUUAAUUAGAAUUAUAACUAGACCUAUAACUAUAACUAGAACUAGUACUAGAACUAGAACUAGAACUAGAACUAGAACUUAAUUCCUUUAAUUCUGUGUUGGUGUUGGUUGGUCGCUGUGAUGAAUGGUCGAACUCAUUAACUUAUCUUCCUUUCAAUAAACUGAUUUGAUGUGUAAUGAAUGCUCUGUGUGAAUGUUGUUGUGUAAUUAACUAUGUGAUUAAAAACUAGUUUAAAAAGAUAGGAAAACCCACACAAACAUAAAAACACCAACAAACAAAAACCAAAAUGGAUCCUUUUCCCCACAACUCCCACGGGUUUGUAAACCUAUUAUCUCCACAGAGCAGUCAAACAAUUGACUUAGCGUCUGCUGAGAUGCCUAGGUUUAGUAGCCAGCAGUCUGAUGUUCCUAAACCAGUGGAAAGGAAAAGGUGGACAGCACAAGAAGAUAUUGUGCUCAUCAGUGCUUGGUUUAACACGAGCAAGGAUCCAAUAGUUAGUAAUCAGCAGAAGGCGGGGUCGUUUUGGAAGAGGAUAGAGGAGUAUUUCAACGCAAGCGCUAAGUUAAGUGGCUUUGCUGAGAGAGAGUGGGGCCAGUGUAAGCAGAGGUGGGGACGGGUGAAUGAGCAGGUGUGUAAGUUCGUGGGAAGCUACGAGGCGGCUUUGAGGGAGCAAGCUAGUGGCCAGAAUGAAAAUGAUGUCAUGAAGGCAGCCCAUGAGAUUUUCUUCAAUGACUACCAGGGCAAGUUCAUGCUUGAACAUGCGUGGAGAGAACUUAGGUUCGAUCAAAAAUGGAGAUCAAACUUUCUGUCCAGAGAUGGUGCAAAGGAGAAAAGGAAGGAACCAGUGGAGCUGCCUGAUGAGGAAGAAGUUAGGCCUCCGGGUGUUAAGGCUAGCAAAGCAGCCAAACGCAAGAAGCACGGGAAAGAAGCAGCUUUUGAUCAGAUCCAGAGCAUACUAACCAUGAAAAAUAACAUUUCCAAACAGAAAAUCCUUGAUCGUCUACUAGCCAAAAAUCAAGAUACACUUUCUGAAGAACAAGUGUCUCUACAGAAUAAACUCAUAUCUGAAAUGGUUAACUCGUUUAAUGGUUGAUUUGGUCAGUCGUUUUUUUUUAUGAAUGUGUGUUAUGUUUUCUUGUGAACUUACGUGUUUAAGUUAAUUGAAUGUGUUCUGUUUGGUUUUGCAGGUCACGGGUUGCAGGAGGUGGAUGCUUGUCAUGGGUUGCAGGAGGUUAAUGGUUGUUCUGUAUGUCAGUCUGUUUAGGUCACGGGUUGCAGGGCUUUAUGUAAUCUUGUUCUUUUUCUUGAUGUCAGUCUGUUUAGGACGCACGGGUAGUAGGACUUUAAGUAUGUUUCAUUCACGGGAAGUGUAGAAUUUUGUAUCUUUCUACACUUCUUUUCCAUCAAGGCUGUACUCACGGGUGUAUGUACCCGCUUAAGUUGAAUCAAGGAUAUGUAAACUAUGACUCUAUAUAUAAACUAGGUCUUUAUCUUCUCUUUGUGCAACUCUCAUUUUUCUUUGGUUUUAAAAUAUCCACUUUGGGUUUCUACACUUCUUUCUACACUUCUUCUUCUCUAUGUGCAACUUUCAUUUUUCUUUGGUUUUAAAAUAUCGACUUUGAAACUAACCUCAAAUAUCACACUUCCACUUUCACAUCUCUUUCUCACUUCAAGCUUCACCAUAGGGAAAAAUAUAUAUAUUGUUUGUGAGUUGCUUUAACGAUGUCUUCCUCAUCGAGUGAUGAAGUAGAUGAAGCUAUAGAAGAAAUGGUCGACCAAGUUGUUGAUAAUUACAUCGAUUCGGUGGUUAAUGUUCAAGCCAAGAGACGAGCUUAUAUCGAAAGAGAUCGGGAACGAGGACACAAUCAACUAUGGAACGACUAUUUCAUCGAAAAUCCAACAUACCAACCGGAAAUGUUUAGGCGGCGUUUUCGAAUGAACAAGCCGUUGUUCCUUCGCAUUGUCGAAAGCCUAAGCUCUGAAGUUCCAUACUUUCAGCAAAGAAGAAAUGGGCACGGAAGGUACAGGCUAUCUGCACUCCAAAAGUGUACGGCGGCUAUACGUAUGCUGGCAUAUGGUCAAUCGGGAGAUACGUAUGACGAAUAUCUCCGACUUGGAGAAAGUACUGCACGUUUAUGUUUGGAAAAUUUCACUGAUGGGAUAAUGGAAUUGUUUGGAGAAGAGUAUCUGAGAAGACCCACACCCGAUGAUCUUCAACGUUUACUCGAUAUUGGAGAGGUACGCGGUUUUCCAGGGAUGAUAGGCAGCAUCGAUUGUAUGCAUUGGGAGUGGAAAAACUGUCCUACGGCUUGGAGAGGACAAUACACACGUGGUUCAGGAAAGCCGACAAUUGUCUUAGAAGCUGUGGCAUCUCAGGAUCUGUGGAUAUGGCACGCAUUUUUCGGCUUACCAGGUACUCUCAACGAUAUCAAUGUUCUUGAUCGCUCUCCUGUUUUCAGUGACAUUUUAGAGGGUCGAGCACCUAAAGUUAAUUUCAAGGUCAACAACCACACUUAUCGUAUGGCGUACUACCUUACUGACGGAAUUUAUCCGAAUUGGGCAACAUUUAUCCAAUCCAUCUCGCUUCCUCAAGGUCCUAAAGCAGAGCUAUUUGCUCACCGUCAAGAAUCCACCAGAAAAGAUGUUGAACGGGCUUUUGGAGUAUUGCAAUCAAGGUUUGCAAUAGUUAAAAACCCUGCUCUACUUUGGGACAAGGUUAAGAUAGGAAAGAUUAUGAGAACUUGUGUCAUUUUGCACAAUAUGAUAGUAGAGAACGAACGAAGCGGAUACGCUCAAAUUGAUACAUCUGAGUUUGAGUCAGGGGAGUCGAGCAGGAGUUCCCAGGUGCAAAGGACAACAAGUAUGAAUAUCGGUAAUAUGCGUGGCAUUCGCAAUGAAGUUCGGGAUUCACAGAUACAUGAUCGUUUGAAAGCUGAUUUAGUUGAAAAUGUAUGGCAAAAGUUUGGUAAUGUCGAUGAAUAAUAUUUGUAUGUUCUUGAAUUUUCAAUGUUUUCAAUAAAAUGUUUUCAAAAAAAAAAAUGUGUGUUAUGAAUUAUCAUUGUAUUGAAUAAAAUUGUUUUUAGAACUUUUUAUAAAUAUAUCUUAUUAAUGAAUUCUCAAUAUGCAAACUUAAAAAAAAAUAUUAUUUAAUUUAUAAGAACCUCUUCUUCGGGUUCACUAAUGCGGAUGCAAAAUAGAUAGAGGUUUAUAGAGGUUCAUCACUAUUCCGGGUCCCACCAUUAAAUUAUUAAAAAAAUCUUAUGAACCCCAUAUGGGGGUUCACUAAUGCAGAUGGCCUAAAAGAGUUCAAAAGAGGGAUUGUCUAAACUUUUUUGUUACUAUUCAUAACUUUUAUUAUUAUUUAGCACUUACAAUUCUCUUUCAUUUUAGCGUUGGAGAAACUCUUAUCUAUAUUAUUAAAAGAAUAAUACAAAAUAAAAAGUCUCCAUAACUUAUUUACAAAAGAAUACCAUUAAAAUAUUUAUUGAACUUAUAUAUAAAUAUGUUUUGUUAAUUUUACAGUUUAAUUAAUGCCACUUAAAUAAUUAAUAACCUACCUUUUAGGAUUAUUUGUCUUUUUCUAUUUAAUUAAUGUAUUUUCCUAAAUCUAAUUUUAACAAAAAUAAUCAUGACAACAAUUACUUAAGAAAAUCAAUGUGUCAUUGCUAUCAUACGAAUAUUACGUAUUCCUCAAUUUUAAAUAUUCAGUAUACUAUCAUUGAUGUACAUAACUCUAACAUAGAGCUUCUUUUGAUAUAACCACACCAAUUUAUCUCCUUUUUAGUAUGAAAUCCAAACGAAUUACACAAAUUAAUAUAUUCAUACCUAUGUAUUAAUUUAGUUAUUUUGUACCCCAAUCGUUUUUAUAGUCUUUCUAAACAAAUAAAAUAUAAAAAUCCAAACCAGAAUAUCUAUUUAAGUCUUUCCAUACGGAUAAUCAAUGAGGAAUCAUGGGUCAAAAAUAAAAUUACUCGAUUUAAAAUAUAAAAUUAUAAUGUCUGGAGAUGUCAAAUUAUUUAAUAUGUAUAGAUUUUAAAAUUAGAUAUUAUUAUAUAUACAAAAUAAAUAUUUAUUUAUAAAAAAUAUAAAUAACAAAUCGCACUGGUGCAUAGAUCAAGAUUUAGUUUUGAUUCUUAAAUUUAAAGGCUAACGUGAGAAUCUUUAAGAAUAUAAAUAUUGGUUUAAAGCAUUUUUCUUUACUAAAUUGUAAAUACUAUUUCAAAAAUGAAAGUUGAGAUUUUACAAUGUUAUUAACAAAUACUCCAUCCGUUCCAAAAAAUGCUUGUAUUAAAUUGUUUUUUAAAAAAGAUACAUUUUUUCUAUAAUUUCAAUGCAGUUUUUAUCAACUAGUAAUGAAAAAUUGUAGACUUCAAAAACACCAGUUGCAUUUCUUAAUAUCUUAUUGUUUUAGAAAUAUAAAAUUACAAAAAUAUGCAGUUAAUAUAUAUUUAUUGAUAUGUUUAAAAUUUUAAAAUAUGUAUUAUUUUGAAAUAGAGGGAGUAUAAGAUCGUUACAUUUGAUUUCAAAGCAAAAAAAGUAAAAGAAAGGGAAAAAAACUGAUUUCAAAAGGGUGUUUGACAAAUUGAACUGGACGUUGUCGUUAAAUAUUUUUAAGGUGAUAGUAUUAGAGGCAAAGUCUCCCACACUGGAAAUUAUAAAUGACAUUAACUAGUAUAUAAGAUAGAUACAUUAAUCCAUUUAUCUUUAAUUAGUUUUAUGUUGGAAAUCCAUCUAAUUUAAUAUGGUAUCAGACCCUGGUCCAUACGGUCGAACUUGAUCUACAUCGAUCCGCUCCGAAAUUGGCCCAUCGAUCUUUAUCCGAAUAUUACGAGAUUGACCGAAUUAAGCAUCAUUUCGAAGAGGCAUAUUAGAAACAAAGUCUCUUGUAUCGGUAAUUGGAAAACGACUGAGAAGAU